AGAUUGAGGAACAUUAUGUACUUUUAGUUUUAGUUUCGGCUAUUAAAAGUUCCUGCAAGUGACACAAAUCGAUCUCCGAAACUACACAGAUCUGUGAUAGGAUGAAAACUGUUUUUGCAGCGUAGUGGGCUUCACACUGGAUUGCUAGCUACCGUUUGACGUCUCGUCUGUGAUGUAAACCAUGAACCAUGUGUGUAACAGCACUGAUCUUCCUGAGGUGGAAAUCAUCAGUUUGCUGGAGGAGCAGUUGCCUCAUUACAAGCUCAGAGCAGACACCAUAUACGGCUAUGACCACGACGACUGGCUUCACACCCCUCUCCUCUCCCCUGACGUCAACCUCGAUCUGACCACCCAGCAGAUAGAGGAGACCCUCAAAUACUUCCUUCUCUGUGCGGAUAGAGUGGGCCAGAUGACGAAGACAUACAAUGACAUAGAUGCUGUCACACGUCUACUAGAGGAGAAAGAGCGGGACCUGGAGCUGGCCGCGCGGAUUGGACAGUCCCUACUGAAGAAAAACAAGACACUAAGCGAGAGGAAUGAGUUCCUGGAGGAACAAGUGGAGCACAUACGGGAAGAGGUGGCCCAGCUGCGUCAUGACCUGUCCAUGAAGGAUGAACUGCUCCAGUUCUACACCAGUGCAGCCGAGGAGAGCGAGGGAGAGUCCACCACUUCCACCCCUAUUAAGAGGAAUGACUCGGCGUUGUCAGUGCCCACCUAUUUCCCGCUGGACUCCCUGCAGAAGAAGCUGAAGGAUCUGGAGGAGGAGAACAUCGUGCUGAGAUCUGAGGCCUGUCACCUAGAGACGGAGACCAUCUCGUACGAGGAGAAGGAGCAGCAGCUUGUCAAUGACUGCGUUAAGGAGCUGAGAGAUGCUAAUUUGCAGAUAUCCUCUCUGGCUGAGGAGCUGGCCAAGAAGACUGAGGAUGCGGCCAGGCAGCAGGAGGAGAUCACGCACCUCCUCUCACAGAUUGUCGACCUGCAGAAAAAAGCCAAAUCCUAUGCGGUCGAGAACGAGGAACUCACACAGCAUUUGGGAGCUGCCAAAGAUGCCCAGAGACAGCUCACGGCUGAGCUGAGGGAGCUGGAGGAUAAGUAUGCUGAGUGUGUGGAGAUGCUGCACGAGGCCCAGGAGGAGCUGAAGAAUUUCCGUAACAAAACGAUGCCUUUGAACACCACACGCCGCUUCCACUCCCUGGGCCUCUUCCCCAUGGACUCUUUAGCUGCUGAAAUUGAGGGCACCAUGAGGAAAGAACUACAGAUGGAUGACCCGGAAGUAGAAGAAAAGAGGCUUCACCCGAAGCGUGUGUUCGAAACGGUGCGUAACGUCAACCAAACGGUCCGGCAACGUUCUCUUGUCCCCUCCCCCAUGAACAUCCCAGGGUCCAAUCAGACAUCAGCACUAAACUCCGCCCGCUCCAGCCGUGUGAGCACGCCCCGUUCCAGUCUCUAUGGAGGAGACGGAGGCAACGUUGUCAUUGACAACCGAACUGGUAGCAUCAUACUGGAGUCUGAGACCUCAGGGGACAGUCCAAACAACUCAAACAGGAAACCCGGUGCUCCUGGCACCCCGGGCUCUCACGACUUGGAGAGGGCGUUACGACGCCUCUCGUUACGCCGCGACAACUACCUGAGCGAACGCCGCUUCUUUGAGGAGGAACGCGAACGCAAGCUCCACGCUCUGGCCGAGAAAGCCGAGCUCUACGGCGACGACCGUCGUCACGACGGCGACGGCGGCAGCAGCAGCAGCGACGGGGAGGGGGGCGGCCCCCUGACCCCGGCCGACAGCAUCAUGUCCCUGGGAACGCUGCACUCGGGCCUGUCGGGCUUCUCCUUCACGGCGCGGUCCUACCUGCCGGAGAAACUCCAGAUCGUGAAGCCUUUGGAAGGGUCAGUCACUCUGCACCAGUGGCAGCUGCUGGCCCAGCCUCACCUGGGCGGGAUCCUGGACUCUCGGCCCGGCGUGGUGACCAAGGGCUUCCGUCCGCUGGAGCAGGAGGCCGAGGCGGGCGCGGAGGAGGCGUACCAGUUUACCGACCCCGAGGAGGACGAGCCAGGUGAACGCUCUCUCCCCAGCCCCUCUACCUCAGCUUCCUUGCCCCCGUCGCCCGGCGACCGUCGCCAGCGCCGUCGCCACGGCGACAACGGCGGCCGUAGUCACAACAAGAACCGGACGAAAGAGGAGGAGUCGAACGGUGCGGUCGGAGCGAGCGAUCUUUCGGAAGAGGAGGCGUCGUCUGUGCAUUUCCCUGGUAAAUGUAUGUCUCAUACCAGUUCCACCUACACCUUCACCACCUGCCGUAUCCUCCACCCUACCGAUGAGCUGACCCGCGUCACGCCCAGUGUUCUUCUGUCCGGCCCCUCCCUGACCUCCUGCGUCAUGACGACCAGCAGUUUGCACUCCACGCCCAUCUCCACCCCGUGCACUCCUCGCCGCCUCAGCUUGGCCGAGAGCUUCACCAAUCUGCGCGACUCCACCAAGACCACCAGCACCUCCCUGGGCCUGGUACGUCUCCUGCAGGAGCGGGGCAUCUCCGCGGCCGUCUAUGACCCCCAGAGCUGGAACCGGGUCGACCGCGCCCGCGCCCCCAACCCCUCUGGCGCCGCCCUCCACGGCACGGAACCCCUCCCUUCCACGCCCCCGAACUCGCCCACGAAGUCCCAACCCACCAGCCCCGUGGUCCCCGUAGACUUCAGCCCUUCUGACCCACCUUACCCCAACUUCCUGGCCUCCAGGCCGGCCAGCUCCAUUCUGAAGGAGGUGCGGGGGGCGGAGGCUCGGGGUCAAACCGACUCCGAGUGCCAGACUGAGGUUAGCGUACAGAACCUCCGACUGCUGGACAAGGUGAAGCGUUUCAGCCUCGCACCCACGACCCUGACGCCAGGGCCCGGACUCGGGGCUCUGCCGAUACCGGGGCCACCGUUUGGGCCCCAUCCAGGGGUUACCAGCCCCGUCGGAGGGUUGCCGGUCAUCAACGCGGGGAUGCGGCGUAACCGUAGUUACCCGGUCAUGGUCGGGGCUAGUAUGGCAAUGAAGGGCCCGGGCCCCCCCAGUGAGGAUUUACCUCUCAGACUCCACACACAGACUAGUCUCCACGAGGAGUGAAUGUUGCCUUCUCCGUUUAGCCCCCUCUCUGCUCCUCUCUGCUCCUCCCCUCUGCUCUGCUCCUUUUAACUGUUUGUUUGUUUGUAUAUACAGUGAUGCAGUGCGUUAUCCCUCGUGGCAAAUCAGCCGUGCCUGGUAAAGAGAUGCUGUUUGUAUUAAUUAUUUUGUGUAACAGCCCUGACUGACACUCUCUCUCACUCCCUCUCUCUUUCUUUCGGACUUUCUCUCUCUCUUUAUCUCUUUCCACUCUCUCUCUCUCUCUCUGCACCUUUCAGUAAGCAGUGUCAUAGCAUGUCCAUAUUGUUCCUCUGCUGUAUCUGUUUUUUUGCACUUGUGGUUUGUAGGAAACCAUGCAGUCCUGUGCCCGAGUAAAAGCCUAUUUGAAGCACUUUUUUUAAAAAUUUUGAAAACCGUAUAUAAAGAGUGAA